GUACUGUAUCUAAACGUACAGGCCAACGCUUUCUGACAGAAAAAUGAGACUUACCACUCUCAUCCCAUAACGAAAUGUAACGAAACAAGCGUAUAGUGUGAAACAGACUGUUGUGGAUUGUGUUCAACUUGGAAGUUUUUCCCAAAGCAUUUCUUUGUGCAUUGUGCUUUUCCCAUCCACCGGACCAGCAGAUGUCGUCAUGGAGUGUUUCAAACGCUUCAAAACAGUGAAUCAUUUUGGUUCAGUGUCGAUAAACAUGGUUUCUCUUACUCCUAUAUCGCGCAUGUUUGAUAAAUUAUGUGCAAAGUGAUUUAAGAGGCGAACGAUUUCAAAGAUAAUGUGUGAUUUGGGGGAACUCUUUCAACCGGUUCACUGAGAAGCACCGAUGCUACUCGCAAAUCACUAUUCGUUUACUAAAGCAACUAACUACACCGUCCAUAAGGCUUUGCAGGGGGGGAGGUUCUGAGUUCUAAAGAAACAUGAACUAUGCUAGAUUUUUGACUGCCGUAAGUGCAGCGCGGAAACCAUCCCCUAUUCGCCUAUUGACUGAGCUUCAGCAAAGAUCCCCUCCAUCUCUGAUCUCCCUGGCUGGAGGUGCCCCAAACCCCAACACCUUCCCUUUCCAGUCUGCCAGGAUUAAAGUGAAGGGUGGAGAUGAUGUGGUGUUUGAUGAGACCGUGAUGAAGAGAGCGCUUCAAUACUCUGGCUCAUAUGGUAUUCCAGAGCUGGUAUCAUGGAUGAAGAACCUCCAGAAGAGUCUCCACAACCCUCCUACUGCCAGCUACAGCCCAGAGAAAGGACAAAUGGAAUUGUGUGUCACAACAGGCAGCCAGGAGGGCCUAUGCAAAAUAUUUGAGAUGCUUGUCAAUCCUGGUGACAAUGUCCUCCUAGAUGCACCUACAUACUCAGGAACUCUGGCAGCACUUCAGCCGCUGGGCUGCAACAUCAUUAAUGUGCCGAGUGAUCAGUAUGGUAUGAUCCCGAAAGGCUUAAGGGACGUUCUGGCACAGUGGGAUCCAGUAGAUGUGCAAAAGACGGUUAGCACGGUACCAAGACUUCUGUACACCAUCCCUAAUGGAGGCAAUCCAACUGGAGCAUCUAUGACUUUGGAGAGGAAACAGGAAGUCUACGAACUUGCAAGAAAAUAUGACUUGCUUAUCAUUGAGGAUGACCCAUAUUAUUUCCUUCAGUUUGAAAAACCUUGGGCUCCGACGUUUCUUUCCAUGGAUUUGGACGGACGAGUCCUGCGAACGGACUCUUUCUCUAAAAUUCUUUCUUCAGGGUUAAGGGUUGGAUUUGUCACAGGGCCGAAACCAUUAGUGGACAGAGUGGUACUGCAUAUACAGGCCUCUACAAUGCACACCAGCACCUUCACACAGCUGAUGAUUUCUCAGCUGUUGCAUAGUUGGGGUCAAGAUGGGUUUCUUAAGCACAUUGAUGGGGUCAUUGAGUUUUACAGAUGUCAGAGGAAUGCCAUUCUCUUCUCCGCAGACAAAUGGCUCAAAGAUGUUGCUGAGUGGCAUCCUCCCAUGGCUGGCAUGUUCCUGUGGAUUAAACUCAAGGACAUUAAAGACACACAACAGCUUAUAAUGGAAAGAGCUUUAGAGAAAGAGGUUCUUCUGGUGCCUGGAGGAGCAUUUAACAUCAACAGCUCAGACCCAUCUCCGUAUGUUAGAGCUGCCUUUUCUCUCUCCACACCUCAACAGAUCGAUGAGGCUUUUAGAAGACUCGCUGAUCUUAUUAAGGAUGCCAUGUGCUUGACUGAUUCCCAGAAAGGAUGAGUUAAGGGUCGGAUACGUACAGUAAUUGACAGUCUAAACCACAAAUAAAAUCCUGCGGUCACAUGCCACAACUGAAAAUCUGAAAUUCUAUAAACCUCUGGAACGUCAUCAUUAUAGUAAAUCUUUAUUCCACCUUUAAACCAAAUUUUCACACUCAAGUCAAUAUCAGAUAACAACACUAUUAAAAUAUCGCUAUGAUAAUUUUUUGGAUUAAGUGUGGAUUACAACAUAUCACGAUAAAACUUCUUUUUAUAAGGAGAUGCAUUUGAUUUCAAAGCUUUAAUGUAGUUUAAAGAGUAACGUUUGACAGUGAUAUGGAUGUAUUUCGUUUUUUAAAAACCAUGCAAGUAAGUAAAUAAUCUAAACGGAAGUUCACCAGC